UUUGAAUAUCAAUUUUCCAUUAAGAGAACUAUUGUACAAGAAGCAUAAUCAUUCGAUCUCGAGAAAAAAAUACAUCGUAUAACAUGACUUCAUGUUUAAGAAGCAAUUAGUGGUAAAGCUGCAAACAGUUCUCCUAAAUACCGAUUCUCAAAAAGAACAAUAUGAAGAAAAAAGUUAAACAUCGUCAAUUAAGCAUCUAAAAUUAAAACAAGGAUUGUAUCUGUGUAAAAAGAGGAAACAACAAAGAUCAAUAGCAGGGUUUGGAAAGUGAAUGUCUAAUAAACCAAGAAGGAGAACCGUCAGGAUGAAACUUCCAAAGUGACAAUUAUUGGGCCGUGUGAAAUACUGCACCUUCUGAUUACGUAAAUUCUUACAAAAACAGAACAGAAUCUGAGAAUGAAGAUGGCGGGGAGAGACUUCCGGACCCUGUUUCUGGCAAUAUCCUGUCUGUGGUCGCUACUCGGGGACCUGGUAUUGUGUUCUACGGAGGAGGAACAGCUGAUCCAUAAACUGUUAGGCCACGCCUACAAUAAACUAGUGAGACCACGCGGCGAGGGCAUCAACGGAACCCUUAAAGUGAAAAUAGGAAUGAGGUUAUCACAGCUGUUAAAUAUUGAUGAGAAAAACCAGAUAAUGAAGACGAGUGUAUGGUUACAUCAGGAGUGGACAGAUAACCGUCUGAUGUGGAAUCCCCAGGACUUUGGGGGGAUUAAUAUGACCCAGAUACCAUCCACUGAUCUUUGGAAGCCGGACAUCGUUUUAUACAAUAAUGCGGAUGGGGACUUCAUCGUGACUCAUAAAAUAAAAGCCAAGGUUUAUAAUACAGGUAAAAUUGUGUGGGAACCGCCGGCCAUCUACAAAAGUUACUGUCCUAUUGAUGUUGAGUUCUUUCCCUUUGACAGACAGGAGUGUUUUAUGAAGUUUGGGUCUUGGACUUACGACAUGGAGCAGAUUGAUCUGGAACACAUUUGUGACGAGAAAGCAAUAACGUACAUUGUUGGUGACAAAGAAGAGCGUGUGAUCAACAGAGGGGUGGAUCUAAAGGACUUUUAUUUCAAUGUUCAGUGGGACAUCAUUAAUGUUACGGCUACGUGGCGGGAAAAGUCCUUUCCUUGUUGCGAUAUCUCCUAUCCUUUUAUAAUCUUUAACAUUACUCUUCGCCGACGGCCUUUGUUCUAUUCCCUUAACCUUAUCAUGCCGUGUCUUUCCAUUUCUGGUCUCACAGUCUUAGUAUUCUACCUUCCAUCAGACAGCGGGGAGAAGAUCACUCUCUCCAUCUCUAUACUUCUGGCUCUCACUGUGUUCUUCCUGCUUCUCUCAGACAUAAAUCCUCCGACUUCGUUUGUUAUACCACUGAUUGGAAAAUAUCUUCUUUUUACAAUGAUUCUUGUGACGUUGUCGAUAUUUUUAGCAGUCAGUUCAAUUAGAAUAACAAACCGAAAGCCUUCAACUCAUAAUAUGAGUCCCUGGGUAAAACGAGUAUUCACAGAUAUACUUCCGAGUAUUUUGAGAAUGAGAAGACCCGGAAGUAAGAAGAAAAUCCCUUCGGUGAUAGGCGGUCUAUUUUAUAGUGUCCGAAAGGACUAUCAUUGCUCUCUUCAUUUAUUGACUCCAAAUGAUGAUAAAAACCCUAUUUCUUGUGAAUUUUUGGGAUAUCCAAAGCGUUUGCAGCGAGCUGUAACCGGGGUGAAGCUAAUAGCCGACAAACUCAGGAGGAGCGACGAAGUGAAAAUGGAAGAGUUGGACUGGAAAUAUAUCGCUAUGGUGGUGGACCGCCUGUUUCUCUACCUGUUCUCUGCUGCCUGCCUCUGUGGAACACUGACUAUAUUUCUGUACGCCCCCUCCUUACAGGACCCCCGGGACGAACUGAUCCUUCAGGACAACACAGAAGACUGUGUUUAUUGACGCCAUACUACAUGGACUUUUCAGAACUGCUUUGUUAACGUCAUAAUACAAAAACUCUUUAUAAGACUGACAUUAUUAACGUCAUAAUUAACUGAAUAUAUUUUCAAUAAAAUUUAAGUUAUAUUUUUUAAGAAUUUAAAAACAGUACGUAUUUAUAAUAAAAAUAAUUAUAAUUAAGAUAAAUAUCAAACAUAAUAAAAUGAAGUGUUGUGCAAUUUAUGGCCAUCCUUUUUGUUCAUGAUGCAUUCAAUUUUUGCUCAAUGAUUGCAUAUUGAAGGGUAACAGAAUUCCAUUGGAA